AUGAUCGAAUAUUGUUUCGGCAAGCGACCCUAUCAGGCUGUUUGCAGCAUCAAUGUACUCGCCGACGGCAACUUGCAUGAGGUCUCACUUGGCGCAAACAGCCAAGAGAGCUUCUACGUCAUGAAGGUCCAGCCAGAGCGGACUUGGGGGCCAAUCAGAUGUAUCAAUGCGAGAUAUCGAGAGGACGUAAGUCCAGACUGCGAGAACAUUGCCGUCAAGAAUGCGGGUCACAACGGUUAUGUGUUCGAGGUGGCAGCUGUCAAAUCGCUGACGACCGGUGCUGUGCUGAGUCCGACAUCGGACACCGUUUCCGCAGCGGCUGCCGUAUGCUGUUCGAUUAUAUGGACCUCCACCGGCAAGGUGACGUUCCCCGAAAAGGACUGGAAAGAUGACGAGGCAGAAGUGACGAUGCUCUGCGGUCCUGGCAAGGAUGCAAGCAUACUCAUACCGAUGCUACCAGGACUGACGUGUGCAGAUUUCUUUGCGAGGGAUGUGGAAAGCAAGGACUGCGAGAUCGUCGGGGGACCGAUCCGGCCUACUUUCGAGAUGAAGCGACACGACAACAGCUGCGAUUGGCGCGGUGAUGACGCAUCGUAG